AAUUCUCACUUGUUUGCAAAUCUGAAAAUCAUUAUGGGAUUCUCUAGUUUUGUUGGUAAUAAUCUUCUUCUUUAUGUACUCUUUCUUUUCCUCACUUUAUUAUCAUCUUUCUCUUUCUCACAGCCUAUUUGCCAUGAUUUUGAAAAGUCUUCUCUAUUGAAGUUUAAGGAAAGCUUUAUUAUUAACAAGUCUGUUACUAAUGAUCCUGAUGCUUAUUCAAAGGUUGCCUUGUGGAGCAACAAAGAAGAUUGUUGUAUGUGGGAUGGUGUUGUGUGUGAUGAGAUCACAGGCCAUGUCAUCACCCUUGAUCUUAGCAAUAGUUAUCUUUAUGGCUCUCUUGACUCAAAUAGCACCCUCUUCAACCUGGUUCACCUCCAAAGCCUUAAUCUUGGAAACAACCAUUUUAACUACUCUCACAUACCCAAUGCUAUCAACCGACUUUCGAUGCUCACCAAUUUGGACCUAUCAGGCUCUGUCUUUUCUGGCCAAAUUCCCUCUGAGGUUUCAGAACUAUCCAAAUUGUUGCAACUUUCUUUGUGUGCCAACAUAGAUCCAAUUUCACAAGAAAAUCUUUUGAAACUCAAAAAGCCAAACUUUGAGAGCUUGAUUUUGAAUUUAACAAGCCUUGAAGAACUCUGUCUCAGUUAUGUAAGCAUAUCUUCAAUAGUUCCAAAAUCAUUGGCGAAUUUGACAACUUUGAAAUCUUUAUUACUCAAAGAUUGUGAACUAAAAGGUGAACUCCCAACUAAUAUCUUUCAACUACCAAACUUACAAGAACUCAGCUUGCGAUUUAAUGAAGAUCUCAAUGUAAGAAUAACUCCAUUGCUUAACCAAAGGAGUUCUCUCAAGUCAUUGUUCUUGAGUUACACUCCGUUAUCUGGGGAUCUAUCAUCACUAAAUCAAAACUUUUCUUCUUUGACUGAGUUAUCAGCAAGUGAUUGCAACAUUUCAGGAGUGAUUCCAGAUUCCAUAGGUAUGUUGAGCCAACUCCUUUAUCUCGAUCUUUCUGAAAAUAAUCUUGUAGGAAAUAUCCCUUCUUCUGUUGGAAACCUAACUCAACUCAGUGAACUACAUCUUUCUGUUAAUCAACUUAGUGGUCCGAUUCCAUUGUCAUUUUCAAAUCUCAUCAAUUUAGAAAUUCUUUUCGUACAAGGUAAUAGUUUGAGUGGUAUAGUGGAUUUUGACAUGUUUCUUGGCCUUAACAACCUCACUUGCCUUGAUCUUUCCAUAAACCAACUCUCAUUAAAUGUUAACAAUAGAAUAAAUAAUGAAACGUUUCCACAAUUCACUUCACUAGUACUAUCCAACUGUAACUUAACAACUUUUCCACAUUUUCUUAGGCAUCAAAGAAAGCUUCAACUUUUGUAUAUUGAGUAUAACCCUAUUGGUGAUCAGAUACCAAAUUGGAUGUUGAGUGUAAGCAGAGAAACAAUGGUGAGUUUAUCACUUGCUGGAAACUCUUUAAUAGGAGAACUCUCAUCUGCAAUAUGCAACCAAACUUCUCUUCAAUUUCUUGACCUUAAAGAUAAUAGUUUGCGUGGUGAGCUUCCUCCUUGUUUAGGUAAUUUUAGUAAGUCAUUAUCGAUAGUGACCCUUAGAAAUAACCAUUUUUGUGGAAACACUCCUGAAUUCAAAGGAAACCAAAUAAGAUACAUUGAUUUAUCAAUAAAUCAAUUUGAAGGGAAAAUAUUUAAAUCGCUUACCAAUAGUGAGAUGCUUGUUUACCUCAAUUUGGAAGGUAACAAAUUAAGUGAUGUUUUCCCAUAUUGGUUGGGAAAUCUUCCAAAGUUAGAAGUUCUUAAGUUGCAGGGAAAUGGAUUUUAUGGAGCUAUAGAGGAGCCUAGAACAAUCCUUCAUUUUCCUAAGUUGCGUGUAAUUGAUAUCUCUAACAAUAACUUCACUGGAAAAUUGCCAUUGAAAUAUAUACAAAGUUGGAAGUCCAUGACAAGUACAAGCAAUAUUGAUGAAGACUUUGAUUAUAUGAGAUCACCAACUUUUAGCAUCACAACAAGUUAUGGUACGCUUGGGUAUCAAUAUUUUUUCGAGCUUACAACAACAAUCAAAGGCAUUGGCAUAUGGUAUUCAAGAGUGGAAAAAGUUCUUAUACUCAUCAAUUUCUCCAACAAUAAAUUUGAUGGAGACAUUCCUCAAGCCAUUGGAAACUUAAAAGGGCUCAUUUCUCUUGAUUUGUCCAACAACCGAUUCAAAGGUGGCAUUCCAUCAUCAUUGAGUAGUCUAACAAAUCUUGAAUCGUUAGAUCUUUCUCAAAAUGCCCUUUCAGGAGAGAUCCCAAGAGAAUUGGACAAAUCAUCUUUUCUUCAGUACUUCAAUGUUUCACACAACAAAUUGGUUGGACCUAUACCACAGUCCCAUCUCAUCACAUUUGAUAGCAGUUGUUACGAAGGAAACUUGGGUACUGCCAAAAUGUGGAAAUCACUCCAAGCCAUUGGAACUACCACCUCCAUCAUCUGAAGAAGAUGAGUCAAGCAAUUCUCUAUUUCAAUUCGGUUGGAAAGUUGUGGCAGUAGGAUAUGGGUGCGGAUUCUUAAUUGGGUUGCUCAUUGGAAAAAUUGUGAUUGCAAGGAAACCAAAUUGGUUAGUGAUGAUCUUUGGGAACCAAAUAAGGAUGUGACAACCCUAGUGGUUCCUAAUUCUCAACUCCACUUUGAUGUAUUUUAAUCUUGUUGUGUUAUUCUAUGUGUGGUUGUAUUUUAUGCUUUUGAGUAAUAAGUUGUCUUUCUUAUUUGUAAACAUUCAUAUGUUGGAUGUAAUAAUACAUGUGUCUAGCUAGCUUACAAAUCAAAUAAUCUUAUUAAUAAUGAAGAUUGGUUUGUUGAGUGUGUCUUCAAUUUUUUUGAGGAAAUAGUUUCUUAACUUGAUCCUAUAAAACAAUGCAGUUAUAACUUUUCUUGUAA